ACCCGCCUUGCCUGUUCCAGUGUGCAACUGCAACCUCCACGCGAGAAAGUGCAGAUUCAACAUGGAGCUGUACAAGCUGUCGGGCCGCGUCAGCGGAGGUGUUUGUCUGCAGUGCCGACAUUCUACGGCGGGAAGGCACUGUCAUUACUGCAAAGAAGGUUACUACAGGGACCCGGCGAGACCGAUCACGCAUCGCAAGGCCUGCAAACCGUGCGACUGUCACCCGAUCGGAGCUUCUGGAAAGACCUGUAACCAGAGCACCGGCCAGUGUCCCUGCAAAGACGGUGUAACCGGUACUACUUGCAACAGAUGCGCCAGAGGCUACCAGCAGAGCAGAUCGCAUAUUGCGCCUUGCAUCAAGAUACCCAGGGUCGUGCAGACGCAGGGCACGGCCGGCGAAGAGAGCGGCGAGCACGAGGACGACGACGACGAGCGCGGAUACGACGGGCGAGCCGAUCAGUGCGGAAAGUGCCGCGCCAGCACGAAGAGGCUAAAUCUCAACAAGUACUGCAAAAGAGACUACGCUAUUCUGGGAAGAAUAACGGACAGACACAAGAAGAGCGACGGCUCACAAUCCGGCACGAGCGUAUCGGGCACAUCCUGGAUCCGAUUCACUCUAAACGUCGACUUCAUUUACAAGAAAAACCCCACCUCGAGGAUCCGACGUGGCGACGUAUCCCUUUACGUACACUCGGCUGAUCUGGCCUGCAGAUGCCCCAAAAUCAAACCUAACAAGUCGUACUUGAUUCUCGGCCAAGAGAGCGACGGCGGUGGUCAAGGUGGGCUCACGGUUACGCAGAGGUCGAUCGUCAUCGAGUGGCGUGACGAGUGGCACCGCCGGAUGCGCCGUUUCCAGCGAAGGGCGAGAUCGUGCCAUUGAAAUGCUCCAUACGUCGCGGCGAGAGAGGAAGAGACAGGAAGCGCGAUCAAGAGAAAAUGAGAAAAUGAAAGAGAGAGAGAGAGAAGAGAAAGAGAGGAAAAAAAGAGAGCAAGGGAGAAACCGAGGAGGGAGAGUGUGUGUAUGCAUGUGUGUGUGUAUGUGCGCGUAUGUAUGCGUAUGUGUGCAUGUGUGUGAGACAGAGAGAGGAAGAAAGAGAAAAAAGUCGAUCCCCUCCCAACCGUGCUCGUAGGAGCCCGCAUAUCUUCAUUUCCCGACCACGAAUACCGGUGUGUCGAUUUUGUUUUACGCGCGGUACUCGUCGACGACCGCACGUCGAAGGCAACGAGGAGGAGGCAAGGAGGAGGACUAAAGGGGAAGCACCGAUUCUUUCCGAGAGAAGCGUCCGCCGUGCGGAACGACGAGCGAGCAAUGCACAACGUUGCGGAGAAAUGGUUGUGCGUACACAAGCCGGCGUAACGUAGCCCUAACAUUGGAUAUAACUGAAUUAGUAGUACUUCCUAGUCACACACAUUUGUGUUUUUGGACAUUAAGGUAAAGUUAUCAUUAUGACAUCCACUGCUUAAUCACAUCGCUCUUCUUAGAAUAAUCAAUAAAUAACAAAUCAGUAUUGCGUAUGAUUAGAAAAUCCUAAUAACCAAGGUGCGUGACAUGUUAAGGCUGUUAUGCCGAUCUGUGUACCGCGAACGCAACUCUACUAUCGCGAAUAAAUCCUGAAGAUGAAGCGAUCGGCAACUGUCGAUCGUUCCAAUGUCAAGCUGGCAAAUGAGCAUCAGAGUAAACCACACAAUUAUUGGCAUCUCCCUUACUGGCACUUUAGAAAAGCCUGAAUCUUCACGGUACCAGCAUUGCAGUUAAGCUUCUGGCAGGUAUUCUAUGAUUUCAAAAGAAAUCUUCACAAUAAAAACUGUGAACUGAUGUCGCUGAUCGCAAGAAAAAUCAGAUUUUUCUAGAUUUUUCAUUUAAUGACUAAGGGAAUGCCAAUAAUUGUGUGGUUUAUCUCACGGGAAAAAAAACUGAUUGGAUGAACCAAAUAUCUCGUGGAAUAUAACGAAUCAGAGUUCGAGUUAAAGUCAUCAGAAUUUCAAGUUGACAAGAUUUCUGAUUAAUCAAAAUCUUGUUAACUUGAAUAGAAUUCUAGUAACCUCAAUCGGAAUCUGGUUCGUUUGUAUUUCGCCAAAUAUUUGAUUAAUUCAGCCAGAUUUUUUUUCCGUGCCUAAUCUUGGAAACGGAAGCUAGUCAACCCUUGAUGGACUAUGGUACGUUAGCGUGGACCACUUUAUUUAAUUCAAUACGUAAAAUUCUCGAAGUUUAUCCACGAGCAUUCUCUAACGACACUCUGGAGCGUGCCGUCGACAUCGUCGCGUUGCACAGGCAGAUCGGUGAAAAGAUUCGCUCAAGGACGACAAAUUGUAGCUGCGAAUCGCGCGACGAACGCUUAAUCGCGGCGAACGCGUUUUGCGAUGUGUCGAUUCACUCCCGAUAUUCGCCACGCGACAUUUACCCGUGACGAGCAAUUUAUCGAAUCGGCGCGUAUCCUCGAGGGCUCGACGUUGCGACCGUUCGCACCCGAUAAAUCGCGCGUCUGUGAGAAAUGUCGCGAGAUAAAUGCCGGGUCGAAUUUACGCGGCGGAUUCAAUUACUCCAGAAUACCGCAAAUCGCCGCGAAGGCGCGCGCGCGUUCCCGACGGUACAACAGCCGUUAUUUCAACGGCGAAUAAUCGCCCCGAAUGUGUCGCCCGAUUUUCUGUACCGUUAGUACGGCGCCCAGAGCACGCGUGCGCGAGAGAGACAGAGAGAGAGAGAGAGAGAGAGAGAGAGAGAGAGAGAG